UCCGUAGACAUUGUCUAGGUUAGUGAACCUUUAGAAGCUUCUUAAACGAGAGCUUUGUCGCCGGUUUUCCUCCAGCAAAGCUUCUGGCACAUUUCAGCAAUCAGCCUAAUUGAAAGUGCAAAACGAGGGGACAAAAUGUAAAUGGAAAUGCAGUAAACAGCGAGGAGGAUGUGACGAUCGUGUGGCUGCGUACCCGCUCACUAAUUAGAUUAGAUUAGGCAAAGUUGAUUAGUUUGCUCUGAGGUUUUCUGUGUGCCAAGCCAAGGGAGCUUGUCGAUCGUUGUUUGUCAGAUAAAUUUGCUUGCUGAGCAAAGCUCUACGCUGGCAUUUUAAACAUCGUAGGCUCUUGACAAGGCCACACCCGUUCAUAUUCGUUUCGCAGAAGUGUCGGGCAAUUUUCGGUGCAUUCGGUUGCUUUAGCGCAUCUCAGCUGUGUCAAUUUCAGGCCUCCAACUCGUAAAAACAGCGAAUAUGCAGAAGCCACAACCAAAUUCGUGCUGGAUCUUCCUUAUCCUGGGAUCUCUGAUCGCCACUUUCAUGCUCGCCUUCAGCUACUGGGUUUUUGUGCCGCGCGAGGAGUCUUUCUGGUCCAUUAUAUCCAGGAAUCCCAGCGGUUCUGGCUUCAAGUUCUCCCUGCCGCCAUCCGCAGUGCCCGAGGAACUGAAGCUGAGGCCAAGACCGCCGUUCGUUUACCAGAUAAUACAUUGAAAGGAAAGCUGGUUCGAGAAGCUAGCGGGCAUCACAA